UGUUUUGUCUUCAUGGACGUUGAACCAGAUCCAUAGUUACCACUGCAUUAGUCCCACGUCAGUAGUUUACAUGCUAUUCCACCGCUUUAUCAAGCUCGGCCUCGGCUAUCAGUAAGUGGAAUAACUAGGGACAUGUACAGCAAUGCGGUAGAGCUAUAUCAUAGUUCUAUAGGGUUGCGAGCGUAUUAGAUGAGUCACCUUUUGUGCUAAACAGAGGAGUAAACAUAUGUAUUGCAAGCUGAGAACAGCGAUUACAGAGUUUCAACUAUAAAUCAUGCUGUAUAUUUUUACUAAUAACUACAGAAGGUUAUUGCUGAACUGACCAGUGAGCAUUAUGAUCUUUCUUGCACAGUUUACACCUGAGAUGUGCGUGGAUUGUCCAGGGAAUAAUGAACUAUCUCCUGGCUCGAAGGGGCUUCAGAUACGUCCAACAUUAUUUGAGAUCCGUCAUCACAGUUUGGAGAAUCUUUGAUGCCUAGGGAGCACCUUAUAGAGGGCGCCAUCGCUGUUCCUUUUGUUUCUCAUCGCAUCCCUGCUGUCGCAAAGUUAAAGCGGUACAGCAAUUUCAUCAUUGACGAUUAGUUAGCAUUAAACCCCACUGGCCUCAGAUUUUUUGGGUGUGCUGGUGCACCUAGAUCCACCCCACUGCUACACUGAUAUCUUCCACCUAGAUUAAUUAGCUUCUUCAAACUGCCAGAUCGAUCUACUUUUCUUUGGCACACUGCCUCAAUCUGGUCCCUUGAAGCUACAAGGCCUAUAAGAAAGAUGCUCCUUGAGUUUUAUUGUUGAAAGAUAGCUGGAAUACAAGAACAGAGUAAACUAUUUGGCUAGCUAGCGUACAAUUUCCCGCAGAUCUAGAGAAAGUUUUGCAUGUGCUUGCUAACAAAAUGUCCGUAAACAUGACAUAGGGGUCAUGAUAGGUUGUAGCCAAUGUGAAUAUGAGCACGUUUUUAUGACGUGCCAUAACAUGUUCGUAACCAUGACUAGAGGUUCAUGAGAUGGCUAAAUUGUAGAUAUGUAUAACCAAUUAACCAUAAAGAACUGGAAACUGCCAAGAGAAAAUUUUGUGGAGAGAUAAGCCCAACUGCCAAUGAAGAACCGCAAACUGCAUUUUUAAAUGCAUAAACUGUUCACAAAUUGAAGUAUUUCGUUCUGUUUAUUGUUCGGCUUCACUAUCUGUGGAGUAUUUUCUCUCUAUGAAAGGAAGAAAGGAAAGGCUAGGGCCUCCUUAAAUUUGCUCUGGCUUAGAGACAAAACUCUGUUCUUUUUGUUUGCAGGCUACACACCUUAAUGUGUACCUUACCAUGUCGACAGCUAGCUGUGUUAGAGGAGGAAGUUCUCCUAUGUGCUUUUCUUUUCUUGCCUACGUUUGAGAUCCAAAUAGUUCAGGAUGCUAGCAAGAAUAUAUGGGGGAUAGUUUGUCGAAACCUGCCACAAUUCAAUAGUUGCUGACUUCAAACUCUGUUUAUGUAGUGUGUUGACGAGGCGAGCAUGCAUUAUGUGCCUCAUGAUUUUGUAAUUAUAUUUCAUGAUUUUUGACUCUUGUUGAUGUGAAUUUUGGUUCUCGUGGACGACCGUGUAAAACAUGAGUUGAGUUAUGUUUAUUUGUUGGCUUAUGUAAUGUUUGUGCACCUAUGCUAGCCAGGUGCACAUACAGAUUUGCUCAAAAUUUCUGUUCCAAAUACGAAACCAUAGAGUAUAAAGCCGUACGUGAUAACUUGUUUUAAAAAUUGUUUUCCAACCUGAAAUAAAUAUCCCAUGUAUUCGACCUUUUUUGUAAGGUGGGGGCUUAGUAAAAUACAUGUAAUCUGCUUACACCUGUAAAGUUCCACUAAGCCCCCAAACCUCAAAGGAACUUUGGGUGAUAAAAAUACUACGUUCUUUAUUAUACCUUUGAGGCUUUGAGGUUUUAGCAAGUACCUUUCGGCGGAUGAAUCUGACAAAUACUUCACCAUCCAUCAUGCCAGAUAUCUUUUUGUUUGAACUAACAAUAUGGAUGUAAAUUAAACUAAUGACUAAAAAGAUUAGACAAGGUUAUCAACCUGACAACAGCCCACGUUCUGUAAUUAGUUAGUUAGCUCUGUCCUAACUAGCUGUCUGCCACUGUUAUUGCGUUCAAGUGUAGAUAAGGACAAGAUGUUUGUCAUGGCAGUAUGUUAUACAGUCUGCCAGAAUGCUCUGAUUUAUUUAUUUAAAGACAAUGCUAUGAUGAGAACCCAAUGCUAUGAUAGAGUUAAAUAAAUAGUUAGGUAGCUUUCUUUCGUUCAUAUACAACAGGAGCCCCAUCUUCCUCUUCAACAUGAUUGAGGUGCAUACAGCAAACUGUCCAGUCUCCAGAGCUGAAUGAGCAGGAGGACAUCCAUCCAUCCAUCCCAAAGGUAUGUUGGUGAGGCAGUUCAAGUGUACUCCUGCUUAAAUUUGACCUCAGUUUUACUAUUGCAGCAAAAUCUAGCAAGUACAAUGACGAUGGUGCUGGAUGCAUUUGCAUCCUACCUGGGGGACUUGCUCAAGCAGGUGGUAGAGGAAGAGCUAGGAACGAUGUUGGGUGUCUCCGGCGAGAUCGACAAGUUGGGCGACAAGUUCCAGGACCUCAAGAACUUCCUCGCUGACGCUGAUAGGAGGAACAUCACCGACGAGACUGUGCAAGAGUGGGUGGGGCAGCUCAAGCGGGCCAUGCAUGAAGCUGCUGACAUCCUCGACCUUUGUCAGCUCAAGGCCAUGGAGCAUGGAUCAUCCACCGUAAAUGCAGGGUGUUUUAAUCCCUUGCUUUUCUGCAUGCGCAAUCCCUUCCAUGCUCAUGAGAUCGGCACCCGUAUCAAGGCUCUCAACCAGAGGCUUGACUCCAUCAAGGAGCGCAGUGCUGCUUUCAACUUUAUCAAUCUCAGGUCCUAUGAGGAUCAUAGCAGUCAUGGUAAUCUUAGCUGGGAGACGAUAGGGGACUUUGACCAGUCGGCUGUAGUUGGGGACAAGAUUGAAGAAGACACAAGAGCACUAGUGGCCCAGAUCAUGCAAACCGGAAAGGUCAAUGAUGACAUCAUGGUGGUUGCCAUCGUAGGUGCCGGCGGGAUUGGCAAGACCACCCUCGCGCAGAAGGUUUUCAAUGAUGAGACCAUCCAAGGUGAGUUCAGUAAAAAGUUAUGGUUGAGCGUCAACCAAAACUUCAGUGAUGUUGAGCUGCUGAGAAGAGCCAUCAUCGAAGCCAGAGGAGACCACUCAUCAGCUGGGAAUGUAAAGGCCAUGCUUCACCAAACCCUCAAGGACACCUUGAUUGGCCAAAAGACUUUACUCGUAAUGGAUGAUGUCUGGGACCAUGGAGCAUGGGAGAAUGUGCUCAAAAUACCCUUUGUCAAUGUUGCUGCUUCGGGAAGCAGAGUUCUUAUCACCACUAGAGAUGAAGGCGUAGCUCGACAAAUGAUAGCCAUAUGGCCCUACCACCAUGUUAACACAUUAUUGCCUGAAGAUGCUUGGUCAUUGCUCAAGAGGCAGGUACUCUCAAGUGAGAUAGAUGAAGACCACACAAAUACGCUAAAGGAUAUCGGACUGAAAAUUAUAGAAAAAUGUGGUUAUUUACCACUUGCCGUUAAAGUAAUGGGAGGACUAUUGCGUGAAAGAGGAGGGCUACAUCGUGAUUGGGAGCAUGUUUUGGAUGAUUCUAAAUGGUCAGUAACUAAAAUGCCCCCAGAGAUCAACUAUACAGUAUACUUAAGCUAUGAAUAUAUGCCUUCAUAUUUGAAGCAGUGCUUUCUAUACUACUCUCUUCUUCCUAAAAGUAAACCUUAUAAUAUGGAUCAAGUAGUUGCAAUGUGGAUGAGCGAAGGUUUUCUUCAUGGAAACUCUAGUGAUUUAGAAGAAUUGGGAAGAAAUUACUACAAGGAGUUGCUAUCCAGGAACCUUAUAGAGCCAGAUAACUUGUAUGUUGCUCCAUGGAUUUCCAGCAUGCAUGAUGUUGUUCGCUCAUUUGCUCAUUACAUGACUAAGUAUGAAGCACUCAUAGCUCAAGAUGGAGACACUGAUAUUCUUACUAAACUUAGUUCGCAAAAGUUUCUUCGGUUGACCAUAGAAAGCAAUCAAUUGCAAUCAGGUGAAGUUGACUGGAAAUCUCUACAGGAGCAACAAUCGUUGAGAACACUAAUCUCAACUAUCCAGAUCAAGAUGAAACCCGGUGAUUCAUUGAUUAUGUUUUCUAGUCUGCGGACUCUACAUAUAGAAUUUGCUAAUGUGGUUUCAUUGGUUGAAUCGUUGCAUCAACUCAAGCACCUGAGGUAUUUGAAGCUAGUAAAUACCAAUAUAUCUGUACUUCCAGGGAACAUUGGCAAGAUGAAACUAUUGCAAUUCCUUGACCUUCAUGGAUGUGAAAAUUUGGUGAAUCUUCCUGGUAGCAUUGUGAAACUUGGCCAGCUGAGGUUACUUGAGCUUCCCAGCAUAAGUGUGAUACCUGGAGGGUUCCGUACCCUAACAAAUAUGAGGAAACUAAAUUGGUUUCGAGCCCAUAUGGAUGGUGAAUGGUGCAGUUUGGACGAGUUAGAGUCUCUUUCCCAACUCAGGUUCCUUAGUUUAUAUAAAUUGGAGAACGUAUCUGCUGCCUCGUGUGCUGCUAAUGCUAGGCUUGGUGAUAAAAAGUAUCUUAUCAGACUGUCUUUAUUCUGCACCAGCAGACUGGAAAAUGAUGGGUUGAUAAAAGAGAAAGAAUGUAUCCCUGAGGAAGAGCAGCGACGAAUCGAGAAGGUGUUCAAUGAGCUCUCCCCUCCACCCAGUAUAGAUAAUAUUAUAAUGGGUGGUUAUUUUGGCAAGCAACUCCCAACUUGGAUGAUGUCUGCAAGUCUCAUCCCGACCAUGGUGCCCCUCAAUAACUUGACAUAUAUUAUGUUUGUUGACCUGGCGUGCUGCAGACAACUUCCCGAUGGGUUGUGUCAGCUCCCGAACCUGCAGUUCUUUAAGGUAGACCGUGCUCCAUUCAUCAGGCGUGUUGGGGCUGGAUUCUUGCAGGCUGCGGCUACUCCAUUUCCGAGGUUAAAUGAGAUGUACUUACUAGGAAUGGUGCAAUGGGAAGAGUGGGAGUGGGAGGAGCAAGUACAAGCCAUGCCUAGGUUGGAGAAGCUUAUGCUCAGGAAAUGCAAACUGAGGCGUAUUCCUACAGGCGUUGCCACCAAUGCAAGGGCUUUGAAGGAAUUAUUUCUACAAGACGUCCAACACCUCAACUACCUUGAGACCCUUCCUUCUGUUGUUGAGCUUACAAUGCUUCGAAUCCCCGACAUGGAGAGGAUCACUAAUCUCCCCAAUCUGCAGAAGCUCACGAUCACCGAUUGCCCAAAGCUGAAGGUGCUAGAAAGUAUCCCUGCACUUGAGAGGUUGAUCCUGCAGGAUUAUGUCAUGGAAGAACUCCCAGAAUACAUGCGAGAUAUAAAGCCAAGGAUAUCGCUGCUAUCUUCAUUAGCCGCGGGACAAUCUGGUCCUGAGUGGGACAAGUUCAGCCAUGUGGAGUAUGUCAAGGCAUAUGCAUGUGAUGGAAACAACCCAAGAAAAUGGUACGUUCUAUACACAAGAGACAAUGGCAAGCUGGAGUCCAAUAUUAGCAGCUCUACCGUAUUUGAAGGUACAGAAAAUCAAGCAUACAAGCUUUGUCUUAAUUUGUUUGAGCACUCUGAUUCUGCCAGUUUAUAA